UUGCAACGACGGAGGCUGAUGAGAGUUUUUGCUUUUUAAAAGUGUUUAGGGCUUUAGAAAUCGGCGACGGCGAGCUCUGAGAAUUGAAUUUUCCCGAGGAAGAAUCGAUGAAGUUGAAAUCGGUGUUCGACGCUUCGGAAAUCAGAUCGGAAUUUGAAUCGGCGGGGAUAAAUCCCAAUUUCGCGAUUCAAAUCUGGAAGUAUGUAAUUCAGAAUCCUGAUUGCGUUUGGGACGAGAUCCCUUCAUUGCCCUCAGCUGCUUACUCUCUUCUCCAUUCCAAGUUCAAGACUCUUACUUCGUCUCUUCACUCCCUGUUCCAUUCCUCCGAUGGCACCACCUCAAAACUCCUCAUCAAACUCCAGAAUGGAGCUUUAGUGGAAGCUGUGGUAAUGAGAUACGAUACUCGGUUGGGUAUGUGUGGAGGGAAACCACGUCCUGGAGGUAUAAGAACUACAUUAUGCAUUUCGUCGCAGGUUGGUUGCAAGAUGGGUUGCACCUUCUGUGCUACUGGUACCAUGGGAUUUAAAAGCAAUUUAACAUCUGGAGAAAUUGUGGAGCAGCUUGUUCACGCCUCCCGCAUAGCUGAUAUACGCAACAUCGUUUUCAUGGGAAUGGGAGAACCAUUAAAUAACUACAAUGCUGUUGUUGAAGCUGUCCGCGUUAUGUUAAAACAGCCAUUUCAGCUGUCACCAAAACGAAUUACCAUAUCAACUGUCGGAAUUGUUCACGCAAUUAGCAAGCUACACAAUGAUCUACCAGGUGUAAGUUUAGCAGUCUCUCUUCAUGCACCAGUUCAAGAAAUCCGCUGCCAGAUCAUGCCAGCAGCUAGAGCCUUUCCUCUACAAAAGCUUAUGGAUGCACUUCAAACUUUCCAAAAGAACAGUCAACAAAAGAUCUUCAUUGAGUACAUAAUGCUUGAUGGAGUAAAUGAUCAAGAGCAGCACGCUCAUCUACUUGGUGAAUUGCUAAAGACAUUUCAAGUGGUUAUAAAUUUGAUACCAUUUAACCCAAUUGGGUCCACAAGCCAAUUCGAAACAAGCAGUGUACAAAGCGUAUCAACUUUCCAGAAAAUCCUGAGGGAAACGUACAAGAUCCGAACCACAAUUCGCAAAGAAAUGGGUCAGGAUAUUAGUGGUGCUUGCGGUCAGCUAGCCGUGAACCAACCAGACAACAGAAGGACUCCUGGAAUUGUGGAACUUCCAGACAUUGAAGAUCUACAUCUCUAACUUUAGGACCAGAGACAUGAAACAGACAUUUGGACUGGUUUGUAGUAUCUUCAAAGCCACUCUUCAAAACCCUUUUCUUAAACUUCACAUUUUGUCCUCAUCACUUCGUGGAAAACACUUGGCUCACUCUUAUAUGCAAGUAAGACAAACAGAGAUGGUCCUUAGUCCUUCUUACACUUCA